AUGGAAAUGCUGAACAGAGAUGAAUCUGAAUCAGACGGUGGCAGUGACACAUACUUAUCAAACAUCCAGAUGUUUGAAAAGAUUGACCUGUUGUCAGAAAGUAAACACUUUAAAGAAAUGUGGAGGAAGACCACUAAACGUGUGAAGGAAACGGAAUUUGGAAAUGUUGAAAAAAUUCCUCUUCACCAAGUCUACAAAAGAAUUUACCUACCCACCUUUGAAGAAUUUAGGAAAUCAUAUGAAGGACUCAAGGAUCUCUCGAUGAGUCUGACAGACUUGGAGGAUAAAAUGGGCAAGUUCCUCAAGGGUGGUAUUCAGAAGGAACUGAAGACAAUGGCAGAUGUGUUCAGUAAAGAAACCAGGCCUACUUGGACUGAAAACACACUUCAGCACAUUAAACGAUACACAGAGCUUCAAUCUGUGGAGGAAAAUGUAGAAGUGAUAAGUGAUCUAAAAGAUCACCUUCGCCUGGGUGAAGACUUUGAAAGGAUCAAAGACUUUGGGAAUAUGGACCACAAGUGCUUGCGGGAUCUUACUGAAGAUGUGUGCAGAGUUGGAGAAAGUGUAAAGAAUAUUCCAGAGAAUGUUAUAAGUUUUCUGAAGGAAUUUGAUAACUGUAUCACAAGAGGAUUCAUUGACUGGAUUAAAGGGAUCAUUAAAGACACUGGAGAGCUAACAGCAUUUGUUGAGCUUGCGUCUAUCUCUGCUGGAGAAAAUGCCAUGGACAUUGGAAAAGUGUGCUGCUUCAGAGAUGCGAUAUCUGCCUCUACACCUUUAAUAUAUCAGCUCCCUCAGGAAUCUGGAAUUAAAGACCUCCUGCAAGCUAUUUCCAAACUCACAUCAGCGCUAGAAAAUGACCCAUUGCUUGAAGACAAACUGAGGGACUCCUAUAAUAACAAAGAGUGGCUGAAGAUAGCCUAUGAGACACACGGGUCUGUUGAAAGGUCAUCUUUGCGACAGGCCACCGAUAUCAACGAGAGUGGUAUGUACAUCAUCAAAAGACCAUCUGAAGCUCAGUCAAAGGUUACUCUGGAAAACUGCAUCACUUUAAGGUGCAAAGAAGGUUCAUCUAAUGGAAAAGAUGAAUACAAAACAUACAGCCUGGCAGAGCUAAAGGAACUACAAAACAAACUGAUGCUGAUCACUGCUGGUGCUGAAAAGCGAGAGGAUGAAAUCACAACCUAUGUUGAGGUUUUGGAGCAUGUGAUAAAUGUGGGGAAGUCAUUUCUUGAGCUGCGUGAUGCUGGACACAUUCUGUUCCAGGACUGGGAGAUGAGAGCAUACUGCCAGCGAAAACACGCUGUGAGAAUCUGGGUGAUAUUUCAUAUUACAGAUGUGGAAAUCAAAGGAAACAGACCACUGCUUGAGGAGUUGAAGGGAAUCAGUGAAAGCAUGAGAGGCUGCCUGUCUGAAUGGGUAAAAGACAUGGAGCAGAAAAGGAACACAUACUACACUCUCAAUCACUUCACAGCCAAACAGCUGGUUUAUCUCUGUCGUUCUGUGGCAGAAUUCCAAAAAGAUGAGACAAUUAGUGCCCGUCUCCUGAACAUGCUGUCCAUCAUGAAAGAAAACAUUAAAGAAGCUGAUGUCCGAAAUGCUCUCAUUAAAGCUUUUCAAACUCCAGUUGAAAGUGGUGAAUCAGGCGCGUCACUCAAUCUCACAAAAUUCCUUACUGAUUAUCCAGCCAUGAUUGAAUAUUUCCUCGAGAGUGGGUUUACCGAAGAAGAGAUUAAAGCAGCAAUAAUGUUCUGUGAAAAAGAACAGCAAGCAGUGGGAACUGCAAACUCUGAAGAGCAUAGAGAUGCAGUGAUGGAAUGUAUUGACGAACACCAGGGUGAUAAAGAGUGGGUCCAAGAAUGGUGCAAAAAAUAUGAGGAAACAGACAAUGAGGUUCGUGACACACAAAUGAAAUUCAAAGGUGGACAGACAGCAGAUGUGUCUUUUUCAAUGACAGAAGAACAGACUGCAGCAGCAUUUAAAAACCUGAAAAACUCUGAUGAGAAGAUUGUAAUGCUCUGGAAAAUAUACCACAACAAACUUUCUGGAUUUGUUUCAGACAAGUUUGUGGACCUGGAUGUACUGGGAGAAAUGAUGAACCAUCUAGUAAAAUCUGCAGAAGAAUUCACAGUAAAGAGAAAACUGCCCUUUAACUUGGAGGGGGGUAAACCCUACCUGAUCUCCUGUAAAGAUGCUGAAAUACUUCCACUUUGCCUGUCUCUGUACAAAGAUAACGAGCAGCCUUUGCCAUCCUUUGAUGAAAUUCUGAUCUGCACCCCUGAGACAACGAUAGAAGAGGUGGAGCUGAUCCUCAGAAGAGCGAUGCAGCCCGGCAGCUCACACGAGAAGAUCUACUCUUUAGUGAAAGCAGACAAACUCAAUCACGACGUGUCCAGAAAGUUUGAGUCCAUUUUCUACAAGCUGAACAAAAAUGCUGGCAACACAAAUUCUAGUAACUAUCGUUUAAUCAUCUUCUGUGAUUCAAAGGCCCAUCAAAGUUACGUAGCUACUGCUUUUGACCUUUUCAAAACCACAAUUUCUGAGAACCCGAACCGAAAUGAAGAAAUUAAGCAGUACCUCAGACACAAGCAUCAAACUCCAUCUGGAGCCGAAAGCUCUGAGCAGUUUCAGCUGAGGACAAAACUGAUCUUCUCAGAUCAGGCUGGCAUGGGAAAAUCGUUGUAUGUGAAAAAUCUUGUCAGAAUAUCAGAAGAAAAGCUGAAAGAUGAGGGAUUUACUCACAAAACUAUAAGGAUAAGUGAGUCACAUCUGAGGACUGAAAACAUCGCCAAACAGCUGCAGCAGUACGAGGACAAGCCCAUGGAUAAAGUCCCGAGAAUCUUUCACUUUGACAUUCCCCCUGUGGUGUCCAAAGGACUGUACACCUUCCUUGUUCAGCUGUUUGUACUGAGAUGCUUCCAGAGCCCUGACGGUGACAUCUGGAGGUGCAAUGACUCCCACAUCUAUUUGGUGGAAUACACAAAAAGAAAGCACAGGAAAUGUGAUCAGCACAGCCCUGAGAUUUCAUUUCAGAUGGAAGAAACGUUUCUUGAAAUGUUCCCGUGUGUGAAAUGCCUGUCACCUGAGGAAACUCAAACAUAUCUAGAGCAAGGAGGGUCAGGUGAUGAAGAAAAUCAACUAAUGGAUCAUUCAGAAUUCAUUAGUGAAGCCUUUCAGCGUACAUAUCAGUACUUCAAAAGAUACAGAUCAAAUCAAGUCGAGGGCUUCACUUUCUCAUCUGAAUCCCCUGAAGAUUCACCAAAGGAAUGGCUGGAGUGUCUUUUACAGUUCUGUGACAUCAAGAAUCCUUCUUGGGGAGAACUGAGGAAUUUCACACACUUUCUCAACAGCCAACUAAAGAAAUGUGAACAGUCCGUAUUCUGUAGUGAGUUUUUAAAAGAUGAUCUGAAAGGUUUCAAGACCUUUGUGGUUAAAUUCAUGAUCACAAUGUCCAAGGAUUUCUCCAUGCGCUCACUUAAAACAUCUGAUGACAGUGAUGAUACAGAGGAAGAAGCAGCAGAAGACGACACUGUUCUGAGUGAAUUUCAGCUCAGGAGACGUUGGGAACAGCAGGCUCAUCCAUACAUCUUGUUCAACCAUGAUAAAAACUCCAUGACAUUUUUAGGAUUCCACAUUCCAGAACCUAAAGUCCCCAUUCUACUAGCUAGAUUCCACGUUGGCUAUCUAGAUGCUAUUGAUCCUCGAACUAAAACAAUAGUGGAAAAGAAUAUCAUUGAUAGUCAACUGUUUGCCCAGUUAAAGGAACAAGGAGUACCGUUUAACAUUGGCUUUGAAACGCUGGAUCGCGACAAGCAGCUUGAUACUAUAAGCAAAGUCCUUGGAGUAGAGAAUGUGAAAGACCCAGAUGAUACCUAUCAGCUGACAUUAGAUAACGUCAUGAAAAUGCUGGCCAUUCAUCUCCGAUUUGAGUCUGACAUUCCCGUAAUAAUCAUGGGUGAAACAGGAUGUGGAAAGACUCGGCUGGUUCAAUUCAUGUGUGAUUUGAUGCGAUCAGGGAGGCAAAUUCAAAACCUGAUUGUGGUGCGGGUCCAUGGCGGCACAACAUCAGAGAUUAUUUACAAGAAAGUGAGAGAUGCCAUUGAAAUCGCAAAGAAAAAUGAAAAGCAUGACCUGGACACGGUGCUGUUUUUUGAUGAAGCGAACACAACAGAGGCUGUAAAUGCAAUCAAGGAGGUGAUCUGUGACAAGUCAGUCAAUGGAGAAGAAAUCGAUGCACCUCGCCUUAAGAUCAUUGCUGCAUGCAAUCCCUACAGAAAACACUCGAAGGAGGCCAUAGAGCAACUGGAACGCGCUGGAUUGGGAUACAGGGUUCGGUGUGAGAACACAGAGGAGAAACUUGGCCAAAUACCAAUGAGACAGCUUGUCUACAGAGUUCAGCCUCUACCCCCGAGUCUGACGCCCCUCGUGUGGGACUUUGGAAAGCUAAAUGAGCAAACACAGGAGCUCUACAUCACACAGAUGGUUAAGACAUUCUUUCGUAAAGAGAAACUUCCUAAUGAACACCAGCUUUUGUUCACAAAGGUGAUCUCUGUGUCUCAGAAGCACAUGAUGGAGUUAAAGGAUGAAUGCAGGAUGGUCAGUCUCAGAGAUAUAGAGCGCUGCAUGAAAACGGUCAUGUGGUUUUAUCAUCAGAAAGAGACUUUAUUUCCUGAAAUUGACAGAAUCAGAGGAGAGAAAGGAACUGUGGACGAUCUGGUCCGAGCUCUCAUUCUUGCAGUAGGAGUUUGCUAUUCAGCAUCGCUGGAGAACCGAGAGGCGUUCCUGAACAGAGUUUCAGAUGCAUUUUCUCCGUCCUGCGCUGACAUUCACACAGAGAUCGAUCUUUGCAAAAAAGCAUUCAUUUCGAAUGUGGACUGUCCCACGAAAGUGGCAAAGAAUGAUGCUCUUAUGGAAAAUGUUUUCAUGAUGGUUGUGUGCAUGAACUUAAGAAUUCCUUUGUUCCUGGUUGGAAAACCUGGAAGCUCAAAAUCUUUGUCCAAAACAAUCGCUGCUCAUGCGAUGCAGGGCAAGGCCUCCCAAAAUGACCUUUUCAAAGAAUACAAGCAGGCACAGCUGGCCUCAUUUCAGUGUAGCCCACACUCGUCUCCUGAUGGCAUCGUCUCAGUAUUCAGGCAAUGUGCACAGUUUCAGAAAGGCAAAAAUCUGGAUGAGUAUGUCUCUGUUGUUGUGCUUGAUGAAAUUGGAUUAGCAGAGGACUCUCCAAAAAUGCCUCUGAAGACAUUACAUCCUCUGCUUGAAUAUGGAUGUAUUGAUGAUGAACAUGCAGAGGACUUCAAAAAAGUUGGAUUUAUUGGAAUUUCCAACUGGUCACUGGAUCCAGCGAAAAUGAACCGUGGGAUUUUAGUUCUGCGAACGUCUCCUGAAUCAGAAGAUCUAGAAAACACAGCUAAAGACAUUUGUUCAAGUGAUAAUGAAAACAUCAACACAGAGAUGAAAUUUUUAAUUCCCACACUGACCAAGUUUUACUUAAGAGUGCUCAACGAACAGACCAGUGAAUUCUUUGGACUCAGAGACUUCUACAGUCUUGUGAAGUUAAUUGUGUCCUACGCUACAGAAGCAAAUGGAAGACCAUGCAAUGAAGAUCUAACAAGGGCUGUGCAACGGAAUUUUGAAGGUUUGGACUCUAUAGAUGUUCUGAACAUUUUCUGGGAAGUUCUUAAAGACAAAACACAGAAAUGUGACACAAUCUCCCUGCUGAGAGAAAACCUUGAUAUGGAAACUUCAGGCUUCGCAUCCAGGUACCUUCUACUCCCAACAAUCAAUCAUGCUGCUCUUCAGAUUCUGAAAACUCAGAAGAUUAUUAAUGAGAACAAUACUGAAGUCAUUUUUGGAUCAGGAUUUCCACGGGACGAAGAGUACUCUCAGGUUUGCCGCACUGUAAACAGAGUAAAGACCUGCAUGGAGACUGGAAGAUCAGUUGUCCUACUAAAUAUUCAGAGCCUUUAUGAGAGCCUCUAUGAUGCUCUGAAUCAGUGUUAUGUUAAACUAGGGGGGAGUUACUAUGUUGACCUUGGGCUUGGAUCUCAUCGAGUGAAGUGCAGAGUCAAGGAUGAAUUUCGACUAAUUGUCAUUGAAGAGAAAAGCACAGUGUAUGAACAGUUUCCUACACCACUGCUGAACCGACUGGAGAAACACUGCUUGGAGAUCAGUAAUAUACUUCCAGAGCACGCUAAACAAAUGCAAGCUGAACUGGAACGCUGGCUCGACUCGUUUGUGACAAACAGUUUAACUGAUAUUUACCAGUCCGAAGAACAUCUGAACAUCUCCAGGAAAAAACAUGACAUUAUAGUCGGAUAUACAGAAGAUAUAUGUGCAUCAGUACUUCUGCAGUGCUGUCCAGAGAUUGUGCAACAGGAACUGGAUGCUGAAAUGAGAGAAGAAACUCUCGAAAAAGCAAAAGAAAUGCUUCUUCAGUGUGCAACUCCAGACUCAGUGCUGAGAGCAACAAAGUACAUGAAGAAUUCUGAGAAAUUGCUACAGGUGUAUUUUGCAGUGCAACCACACGGCAGCCUGAUCGAGAUGCUGAAAAAAUACAGGGAGACCAACAAUGAAGGAAUAUCUAUUGAGGUAUCUACGUAUUCUCGACUCCUCAAUAAGAGAGAUGUGGAACAAAUCAAUAAGGAACUUGACAUUUGUGAAGAUCAUUCCUGUCUGUUUCUACUUGAUGAAUUUUACACAGAGCAGUCGUUUUCCCAAACAGUCAGUGAAUUCCUCCGCUCUGAUGUAAGAGGACGCAAGCUGCUGAUACUGCAGACUUUCUUUGAUGAACCGAAAAAAAGUCAGCGACUUCUCUUCUGUGUGAGACACAGCAUUACUCAGCUCAGAAGCUCGAUUCGUGCAGGAGUUACCUUUGAUGUUCUUCUUCUUACACGCCUGCCACGGAUUUCAGGAGGAUGUGGAUACAUUGCUUCAUUUGGAGACGACUGGACGUCCUUUCAUCUGGAUGAACUUAUCCCACCUCCAGGAUUUCCAGGAGAUAUAUACACACUGCAGUACAUGACCAUCGCUGAGAUUCUGGAGAAAAGUUUCACCUCUCAAAAAGGAGCUCAUGACCAAGACAGCUGUGGAACCACAUUUCCUAAGGAACAGGUAGAAUUAAGUGAUACUGACCUGGUUGACGUGCUCUUCCUGGUGAAGUCGUCGUUGCAGAAGGGCAUUUUACUGCUACAUGACAAAGCAGAUAACACCCAAAGAGCAACGAAGCGUAUCGAAAUGCUUCACGGAUUGCUGCAUAACAGACACCCUGAGUCUGAAAUUUUCAUACAAGCACUGAAGAGAAGAAUCAUCAGCCUUCUCCACGACCAAGAGAAAAUGAAGGACAGAGUGAACUGGGUUAUUAAUCAGGCCUCGUCUGAUCGUUUUGUUGCUGAAGGUGGCUCUUUUAGACACAUGCUCUGGAUUCAUUUGGAGGACACUGUAGCCUCGGCUCUCGCUCAGAUUCUGGCCGUCAUUGAUGGAGACAACAACCUGGAUAACCUGAUUGAUCAGCCUUCUGAAAAGUCUGAACUGUGGUUGAAUGUAUUCAAAGAAAACAACUGUAAUCUGUUAAAAAUUCCAGUUACUCAGUUUCAGGGCAUGGUGUCUGUUCUGUCCACAAGUGGGCAGAAGGAUAAGUCAAGGACCUGCUGUUUCCCGUUUAGCUGGGUGAUAAAAGAGAGAUUUGAGCAGAUUUGGUCAAACAUCAUCAAUGUAAAAGGUCCACUGACUAAACCAAAUAAGGAAUACUUGGAGAAAUUUGAGGAAUACAUCACUCUGCCCUGGAUCAAAAGCAUCAGAAAAGACCAAGAGCUCUUCACCAUGUUCUCUGAAGAUCUUGUGAACAUGUUCAUGCCAACUUACCCAGCUGAGCUGAAUAAGUGUUUUUCAGAGACAGUCCGCAGACUCACAUCACGUCUCUAUCAAGAUUUAACUGAGGAUGAGCCUGAAAACGUCUCUCUGCCCUGGCUGUUUGUCACUAAUGAAUACAUGCAUGACAACCAUCAGCUCUUCUACAACCUCUACCUCCAAGAUAACAGCUUGGUGGCUGCAGGAGAAGCAACUGAGGCACUCAGACAGACACUUAAGAACCUUCAGCCAAAGGAGAGCGUACUGAAAGACUUUGACAGCUGCCAAGAGUGGUUACACAGAGUAAAGUCACUGUCCCUGACUGUGGACCUGAUCCUUUCAGAGGAUUCAUUAGUUACAAGCCAUUCUGAAAAUGCAACAGAGAUAAACACAGAAAUCAGACUUUCCUGGCAGAGUACGUGGAUCAUCUACCUUCUUAUGGAUCAUCUCCUUCAGAACGAGUGGGAAAUGGAAAUAAAACUGCUGACCGUUCUUGUAAGACGCCUAACAUCCACAUGGAAGAGCCUCAACAAAGAGGAAGGAAAGCAGAUGGAGUAUGUGGUGGAACAGGUCACAGGAGCACUCAAUAAAUGCAGCAAAAAUGCCUGCAAUGUGUUCAAGGUUGUAUGCCUGUACUGUGAUAAAGAUUUCACAGAGGACGACACAGCAGAACUACAGUGUGGACACAUGUUCCAUAUGUCCUGCUUAAAGGCCAACAAUGACACUCACUGCAAGAAGUGCAAAAAGGAAAUAAAGCAUGACCACAAACCAUGUGGAGCUGUGGAUAAAGAAACAUUCCUGAAAGUGAACAGAUUUAGGAGGAAAUGCAACUCAUUUUUUGUGGAAUUCAUGUGGAACUUUGUAAGCAGCAAAGACCAGCUGACUGACUCAGUAUUGAACAUGCUCAUGGACUAUAUGAAGGGUAUUCCAUCUACUGAAGGUACAGCUGAGCACUCUUCACUGCAGAACUGUAUUAAACCAGACCACGUUCUGCAGUCCUACGUGCUGAAGAUUCUACUGAAAUGCGGAAUGGAAGAAACAGCCCCUCAGUUACAGAGAUUCAUUGAAGAAGUUGUGAAAUCUAAUGAGAGGAAUUCUGAUGAGUUGUACUUCAUGGUGGUGCGCAGCAUUAAGGAUCACAUCUAUUUCUCAAGCCUAGGCUCAAGUCUCAUCAAAAAGGCUAAAGAAUGUCUCGAUUCCUGUCUGUUUGUGAAAUCUGAUGAAGCUAUAAUUUCACAUCAGCUUUACACACUUGCAAAAUUAAGAUUCGCCAUCUCAGUCGCCGCUGACACCAUCACAACUGCACUGUCUGAAGAGCAACCAGCUGAUCCUGAGGAGAGUGAAUAUCUUCUGCAAAGUGUGAAAGAGCUCAUUCUGAAGAAUGGAAAUCCAUGGAUACAGAUAUUCCUGUUACGGAACUUGUGCAACUUGAAUGGAUUCAGCUUUAUACAUCAACUUGGGAGGAGUGAAAGGUUUCAGUGGACAAUACCAACUGAAGUCUUGGAAGAACAGAACAUGCCGGCUGAGCAAGUGGAUCAUUUCCUCAUCUAUGGAGAAAUGUAUGGGAAGAUUACAUGUGAAGCUGUCAAAGCACUGGAGGACUCAUCAUAUGACAUUACCACGGCGUUUGAUGAAACCUCUGCAGCUUUUCGGGUGUGUAUGGCUUUAGCCGCAGUGAGGCAAACUACACUAAACAGAUCUUCAAGAGAUAAUGAAGGAUCCCUGAUGGAAAGGAUGAAGACAAUGUCGACCACAGACUGCAAGUGGAGUGAACUGGUUACACUGUGUGAAAAAGUGCUGGAUCAGGAUCAGUUGGCAGAAGUUGCCCCUGCUGGUCUGUCUCAGAUUAUUUUCCACACGGCACUGAUCGCAAAACUGUCCACAGCACCAGAAAUGGAGCUGCUUAAGACCCUGUGCUUCAGUCCAGGAAAUGCCAAGGAUUACUUUUUCCCGACUAUGCCGAGUUCCAUAAAUGAAAUAAACGACUGGGCUGAUAACGUAAAAAUAUGGGAGUGUAACUGUGGUGAGCCUGUUUUCAUUGGCGAAUGUGGAUGGCCAAAUAUGAAAGGGAAGUGCCUUAACUGUCAGAGUGAAGUUGGUGGAGAGAACCACAAUGCAGUAGAUGGUUUCAAAGAAUUUGAAAACACAGAUAAAAGUGGAAGGGGUCACAGCCUUGGUGACCCGAACAGCCGGAGGGAACAACAUGGGGAGAGGAAUCUUUACGGGGCAAAUCUCUGCCUGGUCAGAGCAAUCCUUCACUCAUCCAUGCUCUGGGGCACCACUGAACAACCUGAGGAGAUCCAGAAUGUCAUUCAAACUCGACCUGAUGAUGUCAGGAGACACCUCUUGGGUCAUCUUCAAAAGGACAUUGAACUGCUUGGAAAAGUCAUUGGAAAGAACACUGAAGACGCCAUAAUUACAGUCCAUCUGUUUUUAAAGUUCAUGUUGGAGAAUGGCUCUGAACCGAACAGCAGGAUUCAGAUGAUGGACACUGGGAAGAAAAGGCAAGAGUGGGAGGAUUCCAUUGAAAAAAGACUGAAGGAUUUCUUUAAGAAUUUUGAGACAGAGUUAUCCAGUGUGCAGAGCAACAUUCUGGAAUCGGGUGGAAUGAACACUUUAGCACAGAUUAUCUACAGUAAAGAGCCUCAGCUGAAGAAUCUUCCAACCACUGGAGUGUUUAACCGCCCGCUGCUGUGGAGUUUCGAGCAGAGAAUGACCAUUCAGCACCUGACUCACUUAAUCGAGCAGAACGAUGGAAGGAAAAAUGUUCCUGUUCUCUCAGAACUCCUCAAAGAACAUUUCCACAUUCCAUACAUCAGAUAUCUGCCUCAGGUUCUGAGUCUUCAGCAGAAACUGAUGUGUCAGUUUGAAAAUGUGGAUCCUCAGUGUUACAAGGAUGUGUCCAUAAACACAUUUAUGAGGGAGAAUGUAGAAGGGGAAGAUGCUAAACAGGCUUUCACUGAAAAUGCUGCAGCUAUGAAGGAGAUAUGGGGACAUUUAAAGAAAAUUAAAUACCCCAAGUUACCACAGGAACUUGUGGAUAAAGAUGUGACGGAUUUAAUGAUUCUGGACUUAUUACCAACGGAGAAAUCUGUUGCUCAGAUUAUAACUGAGUACCUUGUGAGAACACAGAACGAUUUCAUAAACCUCACCAACCCAGGAGCAGACAGGUACAUCAGUGCCAGUGAAGUCAAGCCUUCUCAUGUUAUUACUUGUAUACCUGAGCAUGAUUUCCUGACUACUGCAAUUUCAAACAUCGACCACAUAGUAUUUGAGGACAGGCAAAAAAGUACAAACUACAACUUCAGAGCUGUAGAAAGACAGUUGGUUGACCGGUUCUUCAUGGAGAAACCCACUAUCAAGCUCUCUACACUUCCAGUGUAUGAUUACAAAACCGGAACAACUCUUCGUGCCUUCUUCAGCACAGUGAAAGACCAGCUGGAGCCCCUGAAUACCAAUGACAGAAACUGCAUCAUGAAUGAUUUCAGAUUUCUGAACGAGAUCUCUUCAGCUCUUUCAACCCUGAACAUUGCUAUUGGAUUUAUGAAGCUCUCAUUUCCCCAACCAGACCAGUUUCUCAUGACAUAUUUAAAGAAAGACCUGAAACUGGAGGACAAAGCGCAGAAUUUAAGCUUACCGGUGCUGAGAACCAGCAAAGUAAAACACAUUCAGUCUCUGUGGGAAGUUUUGUCUUUAAGACAAUCAUCGCUACUCAUUGAGAUGAAUCAGAAUCCAUUCUUCAUGAUUGAGGAUCAACGUUUUCAUGAAGUUUUUACAGAAGAGCAAAAGAAGGAGAAGAAAGAAACUCUAGCUCAUCUCACGAACAUCGAUGUCCUCAUCACUGAGCUCCACUAUGUGAUCAUGAACAUCAAGUUCAAAGAAAUCGGUCCAGACUGGCCGUAAGUGUUUAACUGAAAUUGGUCUCAAAGUUUUUCUU